GUGUAAUUUAAUUUUAGGAAAGGGCCCAACAGAAGCGACGCGAGGCAUGUUGUCUGUUAACCAGUGUAAUCACAGAGGAUCAGGGCAUGCUGCAACACCUUAAAAACAUCAUCACAGGCAACACGGUGUCUCCUUGGGCCAAGAAACAGGACAGGGUCAUCCUUCUUUUUGAAGCUGAUGAACAAGUGGACAAAGUCAUGCACUUCUUGUCUGAAGUACUCGAACGUACUGAGACAGACAAGAAGUCUGCAGAUCCAGUGGCAUUCGUAAUGGAUGUACUUUUGCCAGAGGCAACAGUAUACGCCCUCGGAGCUGUUCACUCCAUCUCCCUGGACAAAGCCAAGGAGAUGUACAUGCGUGGCACAGAGUUUGACUCAAGCGAGAUAACCCAGCUUGGGGAACACCUCAGAGCCACAUUUCCUCAAAAGCGAGGCAGAAACUGGAUAGCUUCCUGAGCAAUUACAAGAAAGCCUUGGAGUGUGAGGAAUUCCUCAGGUGCCUGUAAUCCCUGGGUAGUGAAUGUGUCUGCUGGAUAGUCUGUUGUGUAUAAAAUAAAGAAAAUAUAUCAUU